AUGGCGAAUGCUGUUGCAAUCGUCUCUUACGGUCCGCGACGACAGAAAUUCAUCCUUGAAAACAAUGCUAGCAUACACGAAAUUAAUGAGUUGAUUAAAAACCUGUUCCAUAUCGACACAAAUUUUCAUAUUCAACUAUUCGAUGAUAAAGAUAACAACUACAUUGAUUUAGAUGAAAAUUUUUCUUCUGCUGUUAUUUUGAACAAUUUAACGUCGAAUCAAACAUUACGAUUUCGUGCGGUAGAUAGAACAGAAAUGCCGAUAACAGCAACUAACACAAAUGAUCAGAAGCAAUUUAAUGCUGAUUUAUACGAAAAUGAACAGAAGUUGUCAACGUUAUCAAAUAAUGGUUUUCAUUCGACUACUGCGGAUGAUGUUACCUCGUCUAAACCAGUGCUAUCCAAACAUCAAAAUCUUGUAUCCGAUAUUUCGCAGUUACAUACAGCAGCCCCUUUUCAGGGAAACACACCUGUUUCUGUUCAAAAUUCGUUAUUAUUACCUACUGUUAAUUCAUUAAGUAAUAUGCUUAGUUCCUCAACGCAAUCGGUUAUUGAUUCUCAAUCAAGAUUAAAUGUUAAACAACCAUAUGAAGUAACAGCUGCACCAGCAAAUUGUCAAACAUCACCGAAUAAUAACACACAAUCGUCUGCAAAAUCUAUUCAAAGCCCGCAAUCAACAACGGCAGAACAAAAAAUGACUAUUGGUUCUUUUAGUAGUCGUUCUGGUGCUCCAAAACACUCAGCCGAGCCAUCUCAACAACAAUCAAAUCCCAAAUAUAAUGAUAAUCGUACAGAUAUUCCAUCUCUAAUGAAUUCAUUUAGUCAACGAUUGUUACCCUCACGGCCAUCAUCGACUGCUUCACCGUCUUCCGUACAACAACAACCAGGGAACAGACCAUUAACAUUAGUUCCAGAACCAGUGAUACAAAGUUCAACACCGUCGUCAGCACAACAGCAACGACAACACCAACAACUACCCGCGACAACAUCCACUGUAAACGUUCCACAUCCACAGAUUCAACCAAAUAGAAGCUUCGAUUAUUCUCACUCAACUGUAUCUAGUUUUAGAAGUGGAAUAAAUGCGAAUAAUAAUCAGUCUUAUCAUCAUACACAUAUACCAACAAUAGAUCAAUCACAAAAUUUUCAAAAUUCAAAUGAUACUACAACAAUGUCCAAAACAACUCCCAAUCCAUUUAUAGCAAGUACUCCAAUGUUAAACCAACAGCAGUCUGAUGAAACACAUUCUGUAACAGUACAGCGUUCAAAACCAUUUGUUCCAUUACAGCGUCUUCCACCGGAUACAAUAAUUAAAGGCACUGUUGUUGUUGCGUCGAAUCCAUCGUAUUUUUUUAUUCAAAUACUCGAUCAAGGAGAAUUCAAAUUAUUUUCCGAUCGUCUGAUUGAAUAUUAUAAUAAUAUCGAUAUUAAUCCAAGAUAUCUUCCAGAAGUCGGUGAAUUUUGUGUUGCGAAAUAUACGGAAGAUUUAAACUGGUACCGUUGUCGUGUUGUUCGUUAUACUUCAAAAACGUCAGUGGAAGUAUUUUACAUUGAUUAUGGUAAUAUCGAAGAUUUACCACUUGAAUUGCUACGUGAAUUAGAUUAUGCAUUUUCAAAAAUGCCAGCAAUGGCGAUCGCUUGUACAGUUGCUGAGAUAUUACCGACUAUUGGUUCAGAAGGAUGGAGUCGUCGAGCAACAUAUGCAUUUUCAACACAUUGCUUUCAACAACGUGUUGAAGCAACAGUUGUUGAUACAACAGAGCGGUGGCCUAUGCAUUUUGUUCGAAUACGUCUUAGUAAUGGACAAGAUUUGGCAUCUAUAUUAGAUAGCUGUAAAAUUGCACGACGUGUUACAAACGAAGAUAUAUCCGUUUAUUGGGCCAGUAAAAUUCGAAUCGAACAGUAUAUAUUGUAUAAUAAUGAUGAAAUGCACGAGCUUAAUUUUCCCAUUCAAGUUACACCCCUCUCAUCAUCAUCAUCAUCCGAUUUAGUUCCUGUCGUCGAUGAACAACAACAAGAUGAAGAAGUGGAAUUACCAAAUGCGCUUUCUUCUUUAGAUUUAGGAGUAAAACAAAAUGAAUUGAAUAAUGCUGUCAACAUUGAUCAGGAAAAUGAUAAUGAUGAUGAAACUAGUUUAAAACAGAACAAUAAAUAUACGGCAUCAAUCGAUGAACGAAUAGAAACAACAAAUGUAGAUUUAGCACGCAUAUUUAUUAAUGUUGAUACGAGAAACCGAGAUGAUAAUGCAAAAUUCAUCGACGAUAUAGAUGAUAAUGAAGAUGUUAUUGAAAAACAGAAUACAAUUGAUGAAGACGAAAUCAGUACUACAAAAAUAAGUGAAGAAAUUCUUCAUCAAACAAAAAAAGAAGUUUUUGUUAGUACAACAUUAACAUCAUUUCCACCAUUAGCAAAAGCGUGGAUACCAGUCGAAAUAGCUCAUAUCGAAACACCCGCACGAUUCUAUAUACGUUAUGUUUAUGGUCCUGGUUUCAAUCUUGGCAAUUCUGAGAUACCUAUAUUAUCAAAAGAAAAACUGGAAAAAAAUGUGAUAUUAAAUGAAAUGACACGUGAUAUGACAGAAUGUUAUAAUAAACACAAACGUUUAGUUAAUCCGGAUAUGUUUAACCAAGGUCAAAUAGUGGCUGUCAAAUAUCAAUCUGAAUGGCAUCGAGGACGAUAUCUACAAUUUAAACCAAAUAUUCAGUUUGCUGAUGUAUUUUUUGUUGAUCAUGGUUUUACCAGAUCUGUACCAGUACAAAUGAUACGUCAAAUUAAUCAUCGAUAUACAGUACAACCUUUUCAAGCACAUUUGGGUGAGCCAUUUUUAAUAUCAAUUCUUCAUUUGAAUUUACCAUUGACUAAAAAAAUUGAUUGGACAUCCGAUGAUUUUCAUGAAUUUAAACAACUAAGCAUGAAAAAAAUACUUUAUUCAAGAAUUAUUUAUGAACCAGAUAUUAUCGAUUUACUUGAUUAUAAUCGAAAAACCAAGAUAUGGUUUUCAUUUAAAAAUCAUUUUUUGUCCAAACAUUCAUAG